GGUGGUGCCGUUGAAGAGGAAAGAAGGCGGCGGCGGGCCCGGGCGCCAUGAAAAGCGGCGUGUUAAAGGCCUCCUGAGAGACUCCCCCUGCCCCUUCCCCCCCCCCGGCCGGGCCGGGCCCCCACCAUGUCGGACACCCGGCGGCGGGUGAAGGUCUACACGCUCAACGAAGAGCGGCAAUGGGACGACAGGGGCACCGGGCACGUCUCCUCCACUUACGUGGAACGGCUCAAAGGGAUGUCGCUGCUCGUCCGGGCCGAGUCGGAUGGUUCACUUUUGUUGGAAUCGAAGAUAAAUCCAAACACUGCGUACCAAAAGCAGCAGGACACGUUGAUUGUUUGGUCAGAAGCAGAGAAUUAUGACCUUGCCCUAAGUUUUCAAGAAAAAGCUGGCUGUGAUGAGAUCUGGGAAAAAAUUUGUCAGGUUCAAGGUAAAGAUCCUUCAGUGGAAGUCACCCAGGACCUCAUUGAUGAAUCUGAAGAGGAACGCUUUGAGGAAAUGCCUGAAACUAGUCAUCUGAUUGAUCUGCCUACUUGUGAGCUCAACAAACUUGAAGAGAUCGCUGAUCUAGUUACCUCAGUUCUCUCAUCACCCAUCCGUAGAGAAAAGUUAGCCUUGGCUUUGGAAAAUGAAGGCUACAUUAAAAAAUUACUGCAGCUUUUCCAGCUCUGUGAGAACCUAGAAAAUACCGAAGGCUUACAUCAUUUGUAUGAAAUUAUUCGAGGAAUUUUGUUCCUCAAUAAAGCAACUCUUUUUGAGGUGAUGUUUUCAGAUGAGUGCAUUAUGGAUGUUGUGGGAUGCCUUGAAUAUGACCCUGCGUUAGCUCAGCCAAAAAGGCACAGGGAAUUCUUGACCAAAACAGCGAAGUUUAAAGAGGUCAUACCUAUCACAGACUCUGAACUAAGGCAAAAGAUUCAUCAGACUUACAGGGUACAAUACAUUCAGGACAUCAUCUUGCCAACGCCAUCUGUGUUUGAAGAGAAUUUUCUUUCUACCCUCACUUCUUUCAUUUUCUUUAAUAAAGUCGAGAUUGUCAGUAUGCUACAGGAAGAUGAAAAGUUCUUGUCUGAAGUUUUUGCACAGCUAACUGAUGAUGCUACUGACGAUGACAAAAGACGUGAACUGGUUAACUUUUUCAAGGAGUUUUGUGCAUUUUCUCAGACACUGCAACCUCAGAAUAGAGAUACUUUUUUCAAAACUUUGGCAAAGUUAGGAAUUCUUCCUGCUCUUGAAAUUGUAAUGGGCAUGGAUGAUUUGCAGGUUAGAGCUGCUGCUACAGAUAUAUUUUCUUAUCUGGUAGAAUUCAGUCCAUCCAUGGUCCGGGAAUUUGUGAUGCAAGAAGCCCAGCAGAGUGAUGACGAUAUCCUCCUCAUAAAUGUAGUCAUUGAGCAAAUGAUCUGUGACACUGACCCCGAGCUUGGUGGCGCUGUUCAGUUAAUGGGGCUCUUGCGUACACUAAUCGAUCCUGAGAACAUGUUGGCCACAGCUAAUGUAAGAAAAUGGAAAGGGAAAACUGAAAAAAGUGAAUUUCUCAAUUUCUUCUACAACCAUUGUAUGCAUGUUCUGACAGCCCCACUUCUAGCAAAUACAUCUGAGGAUAAGAGUGAUAAAGAUACGGUUGUUGGAAGCAACAAGAAUAAUACAAUUUGCCCAGACAACUAUCAAACUGCACAGCUGCUUGCCUUAAUUUUGGAGUUACUCACUUUUUGUGUGGAACACCACACCUAUCACAUCAAGAACUAUAUUAUGAACAAGGAUUUGCUGAGAAGAGUUUUGGUCUUGAUGAACUCAAAACACACCUUUUUGGCACUGUGUGCUCUUCGUUUCAUGAGGAGGAUAAUUGGCCUAAAGGAUGAAUUUUAUAACCGUUAUAUCACCAAAGGAAACCUGUUUGAGCCAGUCAUAAAUGCUCUUUUGGAUAAUGGAACUAGGUACAAUUUGCUGAAUUCAGCAGUCAUUGAACUAUUUGAAUUCAUCAGAGUGGAAGAUAUCAAGUCACUUACUGCGCAUAUAGUUGAAAACUUUUAUAAGGCACUUGAAUCCAUUGAAUAUGUUCAGACAUUCAAAGGACUGAAGACAAAAUAUGAGCAAGAGAAAGACCGGCAAAGUCAGAAAUUGAACAGUGUCCCAUCUAUACUGCGUAGCAACCGGUUCCGCAGAGAUGCAAGAGCCUUGGAGGAGGACGAAGAAAUGUGGUUCAAUGAAGAGGAGGAGGAGGAGAGUGAAGCUGUUAUACCCCCUGUAGAGAAAUCAAAGUCUGAGGAUGAUUUUCCUGAUAGCUAUGAGAAGUUUAUGGAAACAAAAAAAGCAAAAGAGAGUGAAGACAAAGAGAAUCUCCCCAAAAGGACAUCGGCAGGCGGCUUCAAAUUCACCUUUGCCCACUCUGCCAGUGCAACUAAUGGAGCCAAUAGUACAAACAGUAAAUCUGUAGCAGCUCAAACAUCACCAGCAAGCUCAAAUGGUUCCUCUUCAAAGAAUGCCAACUUGACUGCAGCAGUCACAGCCACAAAGGGAAGUUUAGUUGGUCUUGUGGAUUACCCAGAUGAUGAGGAGGAAGAUGAAGAAGAGGAAACAUCUCCAAGAAAAAGACCUCGUCUUGGCUCUUAAAUAUUGAAACAGACUCUUAAUUGUGGGUGCUUAAACGCUGUGACUGUUUGAGCUAAAUAGUCUGACUCGGAAAGCUUUCUCCCUGGAAAAUACAAGAGAAUACAAGGAGUAGCAAAAGAAACUCUACUAGAAGGGUUUAGUUCUGAGAAUACCAGACUUCCAAAGAGCCUAAUCUCUUUCUAGUAAAUCAGUCUGCCAUUCAAGCAGUUAAAAAUUAAACUGAAAUGGUGGGUGAGUAAUCAGCAUC